AUGGAGAGGGUGCAGCCGCGACUCGUUUUCUCCCCCGUCGGCCUUGUGCUGUUUGGGUCGGCCUGGCUGCUGCCCUUACAAGCCAUGGCAGCCUCGAAUCUCGAGCCGAUCGAUCUUGGACAUCCAAAUAUGCCUUUUCGCAGAGACGAUACUCCCGGGCCUUCAAAAGCCCAAGGACAGUCGGGCAUCGGCAUCGUAACCUUCGUCUCCUCCAUUGCCACAGCCCUCAUCAUCUUUGCCAUUCAAAUAUCUCUCUUUGCGAUGCUUCGCAAUAAACUCGCGCGCAUUUUUAAACCAAAAACAUAUCUUGUCCCCGAGCGCGAAAGAACUGAUCCGCCUCCCAACAACUUCUUUGCCAUGACCAGAACCGUCAUUCGUUUCAAAGACCGCGAAAUCAUCAAAAAAUGUGGCCUCGACGCCUAUUUCUUCCUGCGCUACCUCAAGACCCUGCUCAUUAUUUUUACACCCAUUUGUGCUAUCGUCCUGCCCAUUCUGAUCCCACUUAACUAUGUCGGAGGUAUUGGACAGCGAAUCGAUAUGAAUGCCGACAACAGUACUGGCAAUGACAAGACGACCGUAACUGGCUUGGAUACGCUGGCCUGGUCAAACAUCCGCCCUGAAAACUCCAGCCGUUACGCGGCGCAUCUUGUGCUGGCCAUCUUGGUAGUGAUAUGGAUCUGCACCGUCUUCUUCUUCGAGCUCAAGGCCUAUAUCAAGGUUCGACAAGACUACCUCACCAGUGCGGAGCACCGCCUGCGAGCUUCUGCUACUACAGUACUUCUAAACUCUAUCCCGAAAAAAUGGCUGAGCGAAGACGCGCUUCGAGGACUUCUUGACGUCUUCCCUGGCGGUGUCAGGAAUGUGUGGCUGAACCGCGACAUGACCAAGCUUCUCGACAAGGUGAACCUCCGUGCACAGAUCCACGCCGCUUUGGAAAACGCCGAAACGGAGCUCAUCAAGGCUGCCAAGAAGGCUCAAGUCAAGAAACAGAGGAAGGACGAGAAGCUAGAGCGCAAGAAAAUGAAGCUUGGCGCUCUAAGCAGGGGAGAAAGGGCAGCCAGAAGUGCGAAGCAAGACAAAGAGGCCAAGGAACUCGCAAGCAGUGGAACAGGCGAGGGCGCUGGCGAUAAGCACGAAACCCCCCACACGGUCACCGCUGGCGUCGAGGAAUCUGCCAUGGAAAUGGAAGAAAAGGAGUACCAUGAUCACAGCAUGGCCCACGACAAAGAACAUGGCAGAAACAAUUCCCUAACUGGGUUAACCAAAACCACCUCCAAAGUCGCGGGCGAAUUGAGGAACGUGGUCAGCAAAUCUGGCAAAGGAAUUGAAGUUGGCCUCGGGACCACGCAUGGCUUUGCACCACUAUCCCCGACUAGCAAGAAAAGCUUGUCUCUUCCCGUCAAGCGCCCUGGAACUACUGAUUCUCGCCCAAGCCAUUCGCGCGAUGGCUCAGUCGGCUCUGCCACGUCCACCAGCGCUAUUAAGAGGGAGGAGGACCAUGGUGUGGGUGGUAACACGGUUCGGAAAGCAGACGAGAUUGACUUCAUGGAUAAUCGAAGGAACCGCUUCUGGCAAUUUUGGAAGCCUCCUUCAGGUGGAUACGCUUCUCCGGUCCCCCAAGGCUCCGAGGCCGAGGAUUAUAUGUCUGCUGGCCAGCAACAGGACAAGGCGGCGUUGUGGCAAAACAUCAAGAGCUUCAUUCCGUUCAUGGGUGAGGACGAAGAAGACAUACACUACCCUCCGGGUUUCAAUCCAGAGAAUGACGACACUGAGGAGGAAGGUGCUGAAUGGCGCAAGUAUCUUAAGAAGAAGCAUCGCCCUACACAUCAUCUUCCUUUGUUCGGCGUCACCUGGCUUUUUGGGAUCCCUGGAAUCACGAAAAAGGUCGACACCAUCUACUAUUGCCGAAAAGAACUUGCUCGCCUGAACCUUGAGAUUGAAGAGGAUCAGAAGCACCCUGAACGCUACCCGCUAAUGAACUCGGCGUUUGUUCAGUUCAAUCACCAGGUGGCGGCACACAUGGCUUGUCAAAGUGCUGUACAUCACAUCCCUCGCUAUAUGGCGCCGAGGAUCAUCGAAAUAUCGCCCCGAGAUGUUGUCUGGGACAACAUGGCCAUAUCUUGGUGGGGAGAAGGCCUGCGUGCCUUCAUCGUUAUUGGAAUUGUGUGCACAAUGGCCUUUCUUUGGGCAAUACCGGUUGCCUGGACGGCUGCGCUGAGCCAGCUUGACGAGCUCAUCCGGCAGUUCCACUGGUUGGAGUUCAUCAAAAGCAACCAAAAUGUCGAGAACGUUGCUAAGAUAAUUGCGGGUGUCUUGCCUGCCACCCUCCUCGCCCUUCUGCUUGUUUUGGUACCCCUGAUUUUGAACUUUCUGGCCGGCAUGCGAGGAGCCAAGACUAAGGCGCAAAAGACUGAAUUCGUCCAGUUUUUCUACUUUGUCUUCCUGUUCAUACAAGUCUUCCUUGUCGUUUCAAUCGCUUCCUUCUUCGCUGCGUCUAUCAACAAAUUCGUGGCGAAUAUCCAAGAGCAACUGUCAACUCCCCAGAAGGUGUUGGACCUCCUGGCAACCAACCUUCCCAAAGCGGCAAAUUACUUCUUCUCCUACAUGGUGCUGCAAGCGUUGACCACUAGCUCUGGUACGCUACUGCAGGUUGUCUCGCUUCUCUUCUGGUUCGUUUUCGGGCCCAUGUUUGAUAGCACAGCACGGAACAAAUGGGCGAGGAACACGAACUUGAACAAUGUCGAGUGGGGAGCCUUCUUCCCCGUGUACACGAACUUCGCCUGCAUCGCCAUAUUCUACUGCGUCAUCUCACCCUUGAUUUCAAUCUUUGCCAUUGUUACCUUUGGUCUUCUGUGGCUUGCGCAACGAUACGCCAUGGUUUACGUCUACCGUAUGGAGAGCGAUACCGGCGGUGUCUUGUACCCACGCGCCAUCAACCAGACAUUCACCGGCCUUUAUUUUAUGCAACUGUGCAUGUCGGGGCUCUUCUUCCUUGUCAAGGAUGCAAAGGGUGAACUCGCAUGCAUUACACACGGUGUCAUAAUGUUGGUUGUCAUGGUGUUGACAAUGAUUUAUCAGUAUCUCCUGAACCGGUCCUUCUCGCCACUAUUUCGCUAUUUGCCCAUCACUUUUGAAGACGAAGCAGUCUUACGCGAUGAGGCAUUCCAGCGAGCUCAGGACAGCCGACUAGGUGUCGAGGAAGAUGACGAAGAGGAGGAUAUCAAAGAAAUGCGAGGAGUUCAGGAAAAGUCCCAUUCUCUGACUGAGGGUGAAGAUGGCAUCGAGCUGAAUAAUCUGGAACAAGAGCGCCGUCACCAAGCUGGUCUGCGUGCUCUUAAACCGGUGAAGCAGGUCGGUACAUGGGCCGUGGAAGGCGGCAAGCAUGUGGGAGGAUGGGCCAAAGGCGGCGGCAACCAACUGCUACGUCUUACCGGGGCCGAUCGCAACUCCCAAGCUGCACGGUACCGUCGGCAGCAACGUAAGAAAGAUCUCGAGGCGCAGCGCGCGAUGGGUAAUGCCCUUUUCGGCGGUGUCCACGACGAAAUCGAAGACCUUACGCCCGAAGAGAGGGACAUGCUAACGCGGCACGCCUUCCUGCACUAUGCCCUGCGCGCCCGUCGCCCGGCUGUCUGGAUCCCGCGCGACGACCUGGGCAUCAGCGAGGACGAGAUUAGGCGCACGCGUGCGUUUAGUGAGAAUAUUUGGAUCAGCAACGAAGGCACAGCGCUCGAUAGUAAACUGCGCGUGGUCUACGGCAGGCAUCCACCCGACUUUUCCGAGGUUGACGUGAUCAACCUGUAA